CGCAUCUGAGAAGCUGAUGGCACUCAGAAAGAGUCAGCUGACUACCACACUGCUAACCUCUGUGGUGGCGGCGGUGUUUGGCUCGCUGCAGACUGGAUACCACACCGGCAAUGUCAACUCUCCAGCCAGAGUCAUUGAAGACUUCAUCAAUGUGACAUGGAACUCAAGACACAAUCAGUCCAUGCCAGACCAGAGUUUGAUAUUUCUGUGGGCUUUCUCAGUCAGCAUCAAGGAUUUCGGAGCCCUGUUGGGGUCACUGGGUGUCAAAGGCCUGGCUGAUUCUUACGGGAGGAGAAACGCCAUUCUCAUAGCAAACACUCUGUCUAUCGCAGGCGCCUGCGUGAUGUUCCUAAGCAAAGCAGCUGAAUCUUUUGAACUUCUUAUUAUGGGCCGUUUCAUUUUUGGCCUUUUCUGUGGUCUGGUGAUGAGUCUGAACCCGCUGUAUAUCCAGGGUGUGUCCCCAAUUAACCUCCGUGGUGCCUUUGCAACUCUCAACCAGGUUUCUUUUGCCUCUGGCAUUUUCCUGGGCAUGGUGGUGGGCUUAGAAACAGUCCUGGGCACACAUAAGCACUGGGCGUUUAUGCUGUCUCUGUCCCUUAUUCCAGCUGUCCUUCAGUAUAUAAUCUUGCCUUUUUGCCCUGAGAGCCCACGCUAUUUAUUCCUCAACUGUGGCAAAGAACAAGAAGCAGAAGCUGCUUUAAGAAGGUUAAGAGGAAACCCUGACAAGGUGACCAAGGAAAUGGAUGAGAUGAGAGAGGAAGCAUCUCACAGUGAAACAAGAAUAACUAUCAGGGAAUUCUUCAUCAAACGCUGCUAUAGACAGCCCAUAAUACUUGUGUUAAUCAUCAACCUGGGCAGCCAGUUAUCCGGAUUCAACGCGAUCAUAAAUUAUUCAACGGAAAUAUUUACCAGGGACAAAUUUGAAGAAGCAAAAUAUCUGACACUUGGAGUGGGAGCCAUCAACGUGGUGUUCACCAUCGUGUCUUUGUUCCUGGUAGAGAGGGCGGGGCGCAGGAAGCUGCUCCUCACUGGCUUCCUAUUGGUGGCUUUUUGUAAUUUCCUUAUGACCAUCACAGACUCCUUGCUGGAUGUAGUCCCGGACAUUCGUGGUGUUCAGGUGCUUGUGGUGUUUAUCCUGAUUUCAGCAUAUGAGCUGGGUCCAGGUCCAAUCUCUUGGUUCAUUGGUGCUGAGCUUUUUGACCAGCCAGCUCGACCCAUCGCCAUGGCGUUCACCAGCAUGCUUAACUGGGGCGGGAAAUUCUUGCUAGCCCUCCUUUUCCCACCAUUAUUGGACCUGUGUGGAGCUUAUAUCUUCCUGCUCUUCAUGUCCAUGGCCUUGAUAGCGUUUACUUACACAGUAUUUCACCUCCCGGAAACAAAGGGCCGGACCUUUGGUGAUAUUGCUGCUGAGUUUCGUGGGGCUGAGAGCAUUCCUCUGCAUAACAAAACAAGUUUCAAUACUUUUACAUGAACAAGAAGUCACUACAAUAUUGUUCCUCUGGCUCAGGCACAGACAAGACCACACUGACCCUCAAGGAAGUGAAUGCAAUGCAAUCAGUCUAGCGCGACAAUGAUUCAUCUGUGAUUUGAAUAUUAAUAACUGUAACAUCUUAUUACCAUUUACUACCAAUUACUGAG